AUGGCAACUUCAAUUUCUGCAACUGGGUUUAAAGGAAACUUGUGUUCCUCAUUCCAUGGAACUUGGGCAACUUCAAUGGUGGGGGAAGAUUAUGCCAUGCUGGUGAAAUCAGUGCCAAGCCAUGUGAGAGUUGGGAAGCCAAUCAGAGCACAACCCAUGAUGAAGAACGUCAAUGAAGGCAAAGGUAUCUUUGCACCUGCUGUUGUUGUUGCACGUAACAUCAUUGGCAAGAAGAGGUUCAACCAAAUUAGGGGCAAAGCUAUUGCUUUGCACUCGCAGGUAAUUACUGAGUUCUGCAAAUCCAUAGGAGCUGACGCGAAACAAAGGCAAGGACUGAUUCGGCUGGCGAAGAAGAAUGGAGAAAGGCUAGGGUUCCUGGCAUGA